GGGCGGCCGCGGCCCAUUGUGGGCAGGGGCCGGGCAGGCUCCGCGCCGCGCAGCCGAGUGCCGCGCCGGCAGGUACGGCGGUCCGCGUUCGCGGGGGACUGCGGAAACUGAAGCCAAAGAUUACAGGAGGGGAGGGAGCGUUGGCCUUUGGAAGGAGAGUACAGUGCGGAAAUCUCGGUUACAGGUUUUCCAAAGGGCGUAUUUAUCUUCCAGAGUGCUGCCUAAGUGUUGCUUAAUUGUUAAGCAUCUGAUUUCCUCCAAGUUAUCUGUCAUGCUGCUUAUGAUCUAGUGCCCAGAAGGGAGGGACGCAGAGGAUUUUGGCCAUGGCCCCAAGGAAGAGGAGCGGUCGGGGGAUCUCCUUCAUCUUCUGCUGCUUUCGCAGCAGCGACCACCCUGAGAUCACAUACCGGCUGCGCAAUGACAGCAGCUUUGCCCUGCAGACCAUGGAGCCGGCGCUGCCCAUGCCACCGGUGGAGGAGCUGGACGUUAUGUUCACCGAGCUGGUGGAUGAACUUGACCUCACGGACAAGCACAGAGAGGCCAUGUUUGCGCUGCCGGCAGAGAAGAAGUGGCAGAUCUACUGUAGCAAGAAGAAAGACCAGGAAGAAAAUAAAGGAGCCACCAGCUGGCCGGAAUUUUAUAUCGAUCAGUUGAAUUCAAUGGCUGCUAGAAAAUCACUGAUCGCCUUGGAAAAAGAAGAUGAGGAGGAGAGAAAUAAAACAAUUGAAAGUUUGAAGACUGCACUGCGGACAAAACCAAUGAGGUUUGUAACCCGGUUCAUCGACCUGGAUGGCUUGUCGUGUAUUCUGAACUUUCUCAAAAGCAUGGACUAUGAGACGGCAGAGUCUCGAAUACAUACCUCGCUCAUUGGAUGUAUAAAAGCACUAAUGAACAACUCCCUGGGCCGGGCUCACGUCCUGGCCCAUUCGGAGAGUAUUAACGUAAUUGCUCAGAGUCUGAGCACAGAGAAUGUUAAGACGAAGGUGGCAGUGCUGGAAAUCAUGGGCGCUGUGUGCCUGGUUCCUGGGGGCCACAAAAAGGUACUGGAGGCGAUGCUGCACUACCAGAAAUACGCCAGCGAACGGACUCGUUUUCAGACGCUGAUCAAUGACUUGGACAAGAGCACAGGACGGUAUCGGGAUGAAGUGAGCCUCAAGACAGCCAUCAUGUCCUUCAUCAACGCAGUCCUGAGCCAGGGGGCAGGCGUGGAAAGCUUGGAUUUUAGACUCCAUCUGAGAUAUGAAUUUCUCAUGCUCGGGAUCCAGCCAGUCAUUGAUAAACUAAGAGAGCAUGAAAAUUCAACCCUCGACCGGCACUUAGAUUUUUUUGAAAUGCUUAGAAAUGAAGAUGAACUGGAAUUUGCCAAAAGAUUUGAGCUGGUCCACAUCGACACCAAAAGUGCGACUCAGAUGUUUGAGCUGACGAGGAAGAGGCUGACACACACCGAGGCAUACCCGCACUUUAUGUCUAUCCUGCACCACUGUCUCCAAAUGCCUUAUAAAAGAAGCGGCAACACUGUCCAGUACUGGCUACUGCUCGACAGGAUCGUGCAGCAGAUCGUCAUCCAGAGUGACAAAGGGCAGGACCCUGACGCCACUCCCCUGGAAAACUUCAAUAUUAAAAAUGUUGUACGAAUGUUAGUCAAUGAAAAUGAAGUGAAACAGUGGAAAGAGCAAGCAGAAAAAAUGCGUAAAGAGCACACCGAACUUCAGCAGAAGCUGGAGAAGAAGGAGCGUGAGUGUGAUGCCAAGGCCCAGGAGAAGGAAGAAAUGAUGCAGACGCUGAACAAGAUGAAGGAGAAGCUGGAGAAGGAGUCUAGCGAGCACAAGCAGGUCAAGCAGCAGGUGGCAGAUCUCACGGCGCAGCUCCAUGAGAUGAGCAGGAGGGCGAUUUGUGCUGCCAGUCCUGGAGGACCUCCCUUGCCACCAGGAGCUCCUGGUGGCCCUUUACCUGCUCCAGCUCCAGGAUCCCUCCUUCCUCCUCCACCACCACCACCACCACCACCAGGGGGAUGUCCCCCACCGCCUCCCCCACCACCCCCUCCUCCAGGCGGCCCACCGCCCCCUCCCGGCCCCCCACCCCUGGAUGGGGUGAUGCCUCCCCCCGGAGCACCUCUGGGCUUGGCCCUCAAGAAGAAGAGCAUCCCACAGCCGACGAAUGCCCUCAAGUCCUUCAACUGGUCCAAACUGCCAGAGAACAAGCUGGCAGGCACCGUGUGGACCGACAUAGAUGACACAAAAGUGUACAAAAUCCUGGACCUCGAAGACCUGGAAAGGACGUUCUCUGCCUACCAAAGACAGCAGGACUUCUUUGUGAACGGUAACUCCAGACAGAAGGAAGAUGCUAUCGAUGACACCUUGAGUUCCCGGCAUAAAGUCAAGGAGCUUUCGGUCAUAGACGGCCGGAGAGCUCAGAAUUGCAAUAUCCUCCUCUCCAGGCUGAAACUCUCGAACGAUGAGAUCAAACGAGCUAUUUUGACGAUGGAUGAGCAGGAGGACCUCCCGAAAGACAUGCUGGAGCAGCUUCUGAAGUUUGUUCCUGAAAAGGGUGACAUUGACCUCCUGGAAGAGCAUAAGCACGAGCUGGACCGUAUGGCCAAGGCUGACCGUUUCCUCUUCGAAAUGAGCAGGAUAAACCAUUAUCAGCAAAGGUUGCAGUCCCUCUACUUCAAGAAGAAGUUUGCAGAGAGAGUUGCAGAAGUCAAACCCAAGGUUGAAGCCAUCCGCGCUGGCUCCAAGGCGGUGCUGCAGAGCAGCAGCCUCCAGCAGCUGCUGGAGGUGGUCCUGGCCUUUGGGAACUACAUGAACAAGGGCCAGAGGGGCAACGCCUUCGGGUUUAAGAUCUCCAGCCUCAACAAGAUCGCAGACACCAAGUCCAGCAUUGACAAGAACAUCACCCUUCUGCACUAUCUCAUCACUAUCGUUGAAAAGAAAUAUCCCAAAGUCCUCCACCUGCAUGAGGAGCUGCGAGACAUCCCGCAGGCAGCCAAAGUCAACAUGACCGAGCUGGAGAAAGAAAUAAACACUCUGAGGAGCGGCCUGAGAGCAGUGGAGACCGAGCUGGACUUCCAGAAGUCUCAGGUUCAGCAAACAGGUGACAAGUUUGUGUCUGUCGUCAGCCAGUUCAUCACAUUAGCCAGCUUCAGUUUCUCGGAUGUUGAAGAUCUUCUGAUGGAAGCGAAAGAGCUGUUUUCCAAGGCUGUGAAGCACUUUGGAGAAGACACAGACAAAAUGCAACCUGAUGAGUUCUUUGGCAUCUUUGACCAGUUCCUUCAAGCCGUGACUGAGGCCAAACAGGAGAACGAGAACAUGAGGAGGAGGAAGGAGGAGGAAGAGCGCCGGGCACGCAUGGAGGCACAGCUGAAGGAGCAGCGGGAGCGGGAGCGCAAGGCAAGGAAGGCGAAGGAGAGCGGGGAGGAAGGCGGCGAGUUCGACGACCUCGUCUCAGCCCUGCGCUCAGGCGAAGUCUUCGACAAGGACCUCUCCAAGCUGAAGCGCAACCGCAAGCGCAUCGCCAACCAGCUGGCUGACAGCGGCCGUGAGAGGCCCGUCACCAAGCUGAACUUUUGAAAAACAAACAACAGCAACAAUAAAACCCAAUAAAAAAAUGCGGGUCGGGUUAGUCUUUUUGAAGUGGCUUGGGGGGCAGUUUAUUCCCAUUAUACUGCCUUGCGAUUCAAAGCGAAACAGUGGCACGCUCUCUCCCCCCGCAGGCGAGUGUGUAUGUAUAUAUACUGUGUAUAUAGUCAGGUCAGGGGUGAGGAUGGAGGUGCCUGGGCAUCUUGAUGGGUGCCAGCACCGCUUCCUCUCCUCCGGCUCCCUCCAAAAAGUAGUUCUCCCCAUGCAUAAGCACAAGGGCCGUGUCCGCGGGGCAAGAGAGGACCCAACCCAGAGACACCAGUGGUCUCCAUGGUCUGCAAAGGCAAUGGGAAGCCGCUCCCCGCCACUCUCCUGCUGGGAACCCCUCGGGCCAUUUGCAGGGGACACCUUGCGCACAAGCCAAGCGGUUUAAAGAGGAAAAGAAAAAAACAAAGUUGAAUGAACUUAAUCUGGAUUUGGUUUAUUUUCUCAUUGUCGUGAUUAUUCAAAAAAAACUCGCACAUCCGUGCUUUCAUGCUGGUUCCUGAGCUCGGCGCUGCGGGCGCUCCCGGCAGUGCUCCUCUUGGGAAAUACUCUAUUUCCUCUUACCGCCACCUUGCUAAAGGAAAAAGUUUACCCCAAAGUGCUUAUCGCUUUAACGCCACACAGAUGUAUUUAUACUUUUAUAAAACGUCUUCUGCCUCAAGAUGGUGGGAAAGGUCGGUUCUCGGAGGAGACAAAGAGCAUAAACUUUUGUGUUGUAAUUUUUAUUCUUGCUUUCUGUUCAAUGGGACAAACUGUAUCCUCUGUAAAGGUGCGUCAGGACCGAGGGGCUCUGAUGGGCUGGUGCAAAACCGCCAGCUUUCACCCACCUUCUUUUCUCUUUUCUUUGUCGGACACACAGAAGCAGUGAUGCCAAGAAACGCUCGUCUCUUAGCCAGGUCUUUUUUCAACUGGUUUGCUGUUCGUUGUCAUUGCAAAUUUGUAAGCAGAGCUACCUGUCAAAUGUCAGUCCAAAUAAAGACAAAAAAUAAUAAUAAAAAUAAUUCAAAGCUCUCAGGGAGUAACAAUUUAAAGAUUUAGAAAAUUAAGAAUUGGAGAAUAAAAAGUAACCACCGUUAACAUAUUAACAUUUCUAUUCUUAAAUUAUGCUGAGUAUAUAGAGGACUGUUACUUUUUACUUUUAUUUAUUUGUGGUGUGUUUUUUAAGAAAACAAAACAAAACCUUUUUAUACCACCAAUACUUUUGUGAUCCUUUUCUUGUUUGUUUGUUUGUUCUUUUUCCUGUGGAGAGAUGAGUUUGUCCCUGUUGCACUAGAUAUUAACACUAUUUGAAAUAAGGUUGGUUGGGGGUUUUUUUGUCAGAUAAUCGGUAUUACUGGUGGGGUAUGGGAUGUCAGUUAACUAUAUGUACUGUAGCAAAAGUGAUGUUUAAACUAAUUUGUAUAAAAAAAAUAUGGUUCUAAGCACCUGAAGGCCACGGAGUCUGCGUGCUGAGUGAAAGCUGUGAAAUCUCUCUCUAACCAGAGUUGUCAAGAGCUGUGGUUUUACCAUUUUUGUUCUUUUCUUCAUUGCAAGUUUUGACGCACUGUAGAUUAAAAAAUAAAAAAAAGAAAAAAGAAAAGGAAAAAAAAAGACUUUCUGAGUAGCGUUAAAAACAGUAAUAAAUUAAGCAGGUAAGCGCAAAAAAAGUCCAGCACCUCGUAUCCAAGCAGCUGCAAAACCUGCACAUUAUGUUCAAAGGUGGAGUUAAGCACUUUGCUUUAAGAAGGAGGGGGAAAUAAAGACAAAAGGUAAUGAUAAAACUAUUCCUUAACUAAAGUGCCUCUAUUUAUAUUUUUUAUUUAUGGCUGAAAAAAUGGAGUUGAUAACAAUUGAGGGAAUGGACUUUGGGGGGAAAUUAAAAUAUUGAAAAAAAAAGAAGGAAAAAAAAAGGUUAAAAAAAAAAAAGUCUGGCCUCUGAUGGUUUAAGGAAUGGUUGGUCACUUGUGUUUAAUUUGAAAGGCGGUGGGAGUCGGAAAGGGUGAUCGCCUGCCGGGAUCCCUGCCUUUGGGGCUCGGCUGCCAGCACCCACCCCCGGCUCCUGCCUCCGCAACCCCAGUGCCACAUCAGGACCUUUCCUGACAGAUUUCCUCUUGCCCUUCCAAACCUGGUUGUUGGGGUUUUUUAAAUUGUUUUACAACAGCCUCAUUAUCAGGCUGAGUUUGCCACUUCUUUUUUUCUUUCAAAAAAAAAAAAAAAAGAAAAAAGAAAAAAAUAUAUCUCUAUAAAUAAAUACAACGGCUGUGUGCAGGUAAUUCCAUGUGCCAUUGUUGAAAAGUACGUUUAGGUUGGUGCUGGUGUAAGUAGCCACUCUUUUCUCUUGGGUGUGUAUUUUAAAGAUGAUUUUUUUUUUUAAUAAUGGCAAAAAGGAAAAAAAAAAUCCAUAAUAAUUUGUAAACUGAAGUAUAUGUCUUGGACCUUAUUAGCUUCAUAGUGACCAAGGUAGCCUGUUAGGUGCAAGGAUGUUAGUAGUCUUAGCUAGCGGGAAAUGCUGUGUAAUGUUAUGAGACUGUACAUUUUCUAAGACAGCAAUAUGCAAUAAAGAAAAACAAUUUCGGUGA